GCAAAAGAACGGUUUGUCGUACGGUCCCGAUGAUUAUUGAACGGUCGCCUAAUAGGAGCCGGGCAGUUGAGUGCUUCGUUAAUUUGGAGGGAAGAACAUGUUUUAUUCUCCUUGAUUAGUUCCUCUGGGUCGAGAAUGACUUGCCGACACUCUGGUUCUUGCGGGUCGAUGAGGAUCUUUCACGCCUGAAGCAGCAGAUGUCAGGCGGCCCGUGUAAGUUUGGUGCGCUGCCUCUGCAGGGCUUCAGUGUGCUCCCGGUGCAGCUGUGAACAGCCAUGGGUCAGAGAUCCCCAGAAGUGAAGGAAAAUCUUGUAUUUCUUCAAAUAAACUUCCAGCGCAUCUUUCAGUCUUUUCCUCGGCCUGGCCAUCUCGCCCUGUGACAGAACUCGAGAUAAAACGUCUGAUCUGGAGCACGCAAACAACCUGAUCUGCCUAAAGCAACCGAUUGAAUUGAAUAAGGAUUUUGGUCUCGGAGAGGACGUUGGUUUACUUGUUCUUCCAAACAAUUUGGAAGAUUUUGUGAAGAACCUAAUGAUUAAUCGUGCUUGUUCAACUGCUGCAUAAGGAGUUCCUUUAUGACUAAAUAAUCUAAAUUUGUGGUGAAACUGUGUCAGAGAAUAAUUAAAAUGACACUACUUCUAGGAAGUCAAAACUGUUUGGAUGGUCUGCGCAAGGAUGUCACAGAUCUACAAGGAAUAAUCGUAGAUGUGUUUUCACGGGUUGGUGCAGUUCGUUAUCCAUCAUGGAAAUUUCCAGACAAAAUUUCAUGUGAUUUGGAUCUUGUUACUUUAUUGGAGCGUUUUGAUUAUAUGGAAGAUGACCCAGAAUUCACACAGCAUUCUCAUGUUGUGCUGUUUGAACUAGUGAUUGACAGGUUGGUGCUAUUGCUUCAGAGUUUCACACACUAUGUUGAUGUUUUAAUAAAGGAUCAGACUAUCCCUGUUUCCAAGUCAGUUGGUCCGUCUAUGUCUGUGGGCCUGGUAGUAAAAAAGUAUUGGAACAGCAUGCUUAAACUUGCUUCCUUCUACCAGCAGAAAAAGUUAAUGGUGGAUGACAUUGCUAAACUACAAAGUGAUUUAAUGAACUCCAAGGCAGAGAUUGAAAGGUUGAAGAGUUGUUCACCUGUAUCUCCCGGUUCAUCUUCCACCACCAGCAGCAUGAAAUCUGCUGUGAUGACACAGUUGCCGAUGUCUGCUACACCCACCCUUCAUUCUGCACUAAGUGGAACUCCAAGGAAUUCUGUACCAGGUAUAGCCACGGACACUCGAAGCAUUGGCUCGCAGACAGUGGAAUCAGCCUUGGUACCAUGUGAUGCCUGUGCCCGCACACAAGCAACCCUUAAAAGUGUCAGCAAUUCCAUUAUCACUAUUUGCCAUAACCAGAAUAUUCCAUCUGCUGUAAGCAGAUUUCAGGAUGUGGUGAAGGAAACCCUUGGGGAUGGAAUAAUGACAGCAACUGACGUGGCUUACUGGGCCUCUGAGCAGAACAAAGACUUAGCACGAAUCAACAAACAUCUCACUGAGCUCAUGAACAGCAUUAACCCACUAAAGGCUGAGCUACAAGCCACCGAAGAGCAGCAAAACAAAAUGAAGAAGAAAGUAGAUAAUUUUAAUAAAGAACUUGAAAAGGAGAAAGAGCAGCAGCUCUUGAAGAUAAAAGAGUUUAACAACCAAAUAGAGGAAAUUAAAAAGAACAACUCUGAGACAGUCGCAAAACUUGAGAAAGAUAAAGAGACACUCAGAAAAGGAAAUGCUACAUUGGAAGAAAAGUUAUCAGUUCUAAAGGAGGAAAUCCAGGCACAACACGUGCUCAUUAGAGAGCUUGAGGAUGCUAAGCAGAGUUUGCUGGAAGAAAUGAGAACCAAGAUGGCAGAUAGAAGUGAGGUGUUGGCUCUUGAAGAACAACUUAGACUAACAACUAAUCAAUUAGAGAGGACAACAGAGCAGUUUAAGAUGAUUAACAAAGAACUGGAAAAGGAAAAAAUGAAAAUUAACAACAUGCUGAGACAUGAAGAGUCUCUGAAAGGUAAGAUUAAAGCUCUGCUACAGCAAGUUGAUGAAUUGGAUGAAGAACGUGUAGGGCUGAACACAAAAUUAGCCGAGUCUGAAGCCGGAAUUGAUCAACUGGAGGAGCAAUUAAAGACAGUCAAUGAAGAGAGAAGCAACCUACAGCGCCAACUCCAAGAACAACUGCAGCACACAGAGCACCUACGGGAAGAAAAGCAUGGUCUGGAGAAAACCAUGUUGGAGCUGAAACAUAACCUGACCCAGCUGGAAAAUCAGGUUCAACAAUACAAAGAGCAGCAACAGCUUCUAGUCACUUUUCCAGACUUGAACAUGCCAGAGGAAGCACAGUGUGAGAGUACCGGUGAUAUUGCACUGGACAUGGAGAAGCAAUUGCAAGCAAACAGCUUACGUAUCAAUAUCCUGGAAGAAGAGAACUCUCGAUUGAGAAACACUCUCACAAUGCUGCAAAAAACUACACAACAAGGAGCUUUGAAGGUCAUUCCACAGACAAAACUUUGGUCAUCCACAGAGCCAUCAGAAGAUGGACUAAAACCAGAUGGGAGUGAAGAGAGAAACAGACAUAACACAAUAGGGACAUCAAAAGCUACAAGAAGUGAAGAUGUAAAUACCAGACCACCAUCCAACCAAAGAUUCUGGAAUGAGCAAAGGGGAACUUCCCCUCCUACCAAACAGCGAAAUGAGCCUGCAACAAAUGUCCUCAAUCCACCAGAAAUAUCUGCUAUUGGUGUUUAUACAAGGCUCAGAAAGGUUGGGGCUUUAAUGGGUAACAAACCUGUAUCUGACAACACGAAGAACCACCACAGAAAAUUACAUUAGGGUUAUGUAAUUAUGUGAACAAUACCGUAACAUAGGACAGGGGUUCCCAACGUUUUUAUUCCAUGGACCCUUACCAUUAACCAAGGGGUCCAUGGACCCCAGGUUGGGAACCCCUGAUCUAGAGAAUAACUAGUGUAAUAUAAGUUUUUUGUUAUACUCGACAAAAAUUUAGAAUGGAAGAUUGAAGGGGAAGAAAUUGCCGAAGUUGGCUGCUGGCUAAUUGUUUCUUUCUAAUGUAAAAUAAAGGCCAUAAAUGAUUAUUCUACAUUUAUUGAAAUCCACUGCCUGUAUGCUUGGAACAUUUUAUU